CAUAAAUGUUCAUAAAUAGUUGCUGGAAAAGAGCACAGACAAAUGGCGCCUUUUGUUGAUAUCCACUGAAAAAUUAUUUUAAAAUCUGGAAACACAAACAGUUUAACUCGGUCUCUGGUUAAACAUCCAUUUUCAAAUAUAUCAGAUCGAUCAUCAAAAUUACUGAAGAGUAAAACCAAUGAAGUGGGGCCACCAUUUUUGUAAGAACACAUUUAAGUCCUUCAAUACAAAGAUGUCUUCUAAAUAUAUUUUCCUAAGCAUUUUGAUAUUCUACUCUGUUGGAAAGAUAACUGCUAGCGUCAAGUUCACUAAUAUAAAGUGCACAUCUCUGGAUACGAACUUUGACGACUUUGAGUAUUGCCGACUGAAGUCCGAGAACCGCGCUUUCAAAUAUAUAUCGCUUAAACUGAAUCUGUAUAAAAUUCCCAUACCAAUGUCAAGGUUCGAUUAUUCUGCGAAGAUGGAGUUCACUAAUAUAAAGUGCACAUCUUUGGAUAAGAAUUUUGACGAAUUUGAGUAUUGUCGACUUAAGUCCGUGAACCGGACUUUCAAAUAUAUAUCCCUUAAAGUGAAUCUGUACAAACUUCCCGUUACCAAAGUCAAGGUUAACUUUGCAUUGCUUAAGAGGUUCAGUGGAUACAAGCCGUUUCUGUAUAAUAUCACGGCGGAUGCCUGCAAAAUUCUAAAAUAUCCAAAGUCAAACCCAGUUUUUGGUUUUUUCCACAGUUUUUUUCGGGAUUAUUCCAAUAUGAAUCAUACGUGCCCCUUUGAUCACGACCUUAUUGUGGAUAAGGUUUCCGCCGAGUUUAUAAAUACGCAAUUUACAAAAGUUUUGCCUUUUCCCCUCGGCGAUUACCAAUUUUAUUCCAACUGGAUAGCAGAUGAUAUAAGUCGGGCAGAAGUUCGGGUCUACGGCACUCUUUCCUAA